AUGGAAUUCAGCUCAAGGGAGGCAGUAAUCAAGGCAAUGAAAGAUUAUACCAUCCGGAGAGGUGUGGACUAUCGGGUAUAUGAGUCGGAACCGACGACAUUCUAUGCCAAAUGUAUAGAAUAUGGGAAUGGUUGUGACUGGUUGAUCCGGAUAACCAAAAUGCAGAAGAAGUACUGUUGGGAGAUAAGGAGGUACAAUGGAAGUCAUACCUGUACCAGGUCUACUAUUUCUCAAGACCAUUCGAAGCUGGAUUCCAAGACAGUUGCGGAAGCAAUAAAGCCGUUGGUAGAGGUUGACCCAUCUAUAAAGGUAAAAUCUGUAAUUGCUGAUAUCCAGUCAAAGUUUAACUACACCAUCAGUUAUCGCAAGGCUUGGUUAGCAAAGCAGCAGGCGGUCGAAUCAAUUUUCGGAAGUUGGGAAGCAUCGUAUGAAGCUUUGCCGAUAUGGUUUGAGGCCAUGUGCCACAAAGAGCCAUCAGCAGUGGUUCACUUUGAAACAAUGCCAGCUUACCAGGGGGAUGAUUUGGUUCCUGAUAUACGUGUUCUACAUAGAGUCUUCUGGAGUUUUUACCCCUGUAUAAGGGCCUUCAGACACUGCAAGCCAGUGGUGCAGGUGGACGGGACUCAUUUGUAUGGAAAAUACAAGGGUUGUUUAUUGGUUGCAGUGUCACAAGAUGGUAAUAACAACAUCGUGCCUAUUGCAUUUGCCAUAGUGGAGGGAGAGACUUCUGAUGCAUGGCACUUUUUUCUGAGCAACCUGCGUCAACAUGUGGUGACCCGUGAUGGUGUCGGACUAAUCUCCGAUCGACACGAUUCGAUUAGGUCAGCUGUUGAACGAAGUAAUGGGGCGUGGUCUCCUCCAAGAGCUUUCCAUAUGUUUUGCAUCAGGCAUAUUGAGUCCAACUUCUUGAGGAAGUUCAAAGCACCUUACCUGCAGAAGCUUAUCGUCAACAUUGGAUAUUCACGGACGACCAGGGAGUACCAGAUGCGUUAUGAACGAUUAAAGGAACGGGGUGAGGCUUACACCAAUUGGCUUGAUCGGAUCCCUCGUGAGCAGUAUGCUUUGGCAUUUGAUGGUGGUUACCGAUGGGGUCACAUGACCACCAAUCUUGUGGAAUGUAUCAACUCCGUCCUAAAGGGUGCACGCAAUCUCCCAGUCACUGCACUUGUUAAGGCGACAUUUUACAGACUGAAUGAGUUGUUCACUAGGAAAAGAGCUGAGGCUGAAGCCCGAAUCAGUGCUGGACUUGUGUUCUCUGAGAUGGUGACAACGAAGCUGAAUGCAAAUCAACGAGCAUCAGGUAACAUACAGGCACGUGUUUGCGUGUUGCGCAAAUCAGAGGUUGGAUGGAAAGUGUUCGUUAAUGACGUUUACAAGAUGGACCAAAUUCGAAGAGUAUACAGGGCUAGGUUUCGACCACUGGGAAAUCCGGCAACGUGGCCUGCUUAUCAUGGACCCAGAUUCGUUGGAAACCCGUUCCUAAGACGGGUUGCCAAGGGCCGGCCGAAGAUGACCCGCUUCUUGAAUGAGAUGGACACCCGUAUGUUGCGUCGCCCGAGGCAAUGCAAGCAAUGCGGUGCAGAGGGCCAUAGUCGCAGUAGAUGUCGUCAAAGUGGUGGACCGAGUGCAGGUCCAACCGACUAG